GUUCCACUUGGAGGAGCGUUGGGUUUCCUUAAGGAGCUUGGUGAAGUUUGGAACGGCUCUGAAACUCCGCACUGAGCGCAACCAUGUCGGACGCGGUGGUCAGUUUCAUGAAAGACUUUUUGGCGGGUGGCAUCGCAGCUGCCAUCUCCAAAACAGCGGUCGCUCCCAUCGAGAGAGUCAAGCUGCUGCUGCAGGUCCAGCAUGCCAGCAAACAGAUCACAGCUGAGAUGCAGUACAAGGGAAUCGUUGACUGUGUGGUGAGGAUCCCUAAGGAGCAGGGCUUCAUCUCCUUCUGGAGAGGCAACCUGGCCAACGUCAUCCGUUACUUCCCCACACAAGCUCUGAACUUCGCCUUCAAGGACAAGUACAAGAAGAUCUUCCUGGGUGGUGUGGACCAGAAGACGCAGUUCUGGCGUUACUUUGCCGGUAACCUGGCAUCUGGCGGUGCUGCAGGUGCAACAUCUCUGUGUUUCGUGUAUCCACUUGACUUCGCCAGGACGAGGCUGGCUGCUGACAUCGGAAAGGGGGCCGCAGAGAGGGAGUUCACUGGCCUGGGGAACUGCAUCACAAAGAUCUUCAAAACCGACGGCCUCAAGGGUCUUUACCUCGGCUUCAACGUGUCUGUGCAGGGUAUUAUCAUUUACAGAGCAGCCUACUUUGGAUGCUUCGACACAGCCAAAGGGAUGCUGCCAGAUCCAAAGAACACACACAUAGUGGUGAGCUGGAUGAUUGCACAGACUGUGACUGCCGCCGCAGGUCUCGUCUCAUACCCCUUCGACACAGUCAGGCGUCGUAUGAUGAUGCAGUCAGGCCGCAAAGGAGCUGACAUCAUGUACAAGGGCACAAUCGACUGCUGGAAGAAGAUCCUGAAAGAUGAGGGAGGCAAAGCAUUCUUCAAGGGGGCCUGGUCUAAUGUGAUUAGAGGCAUGGGCGGCGCUUUUGUGCUGGUGCUCUACGAUGAGAUCAAGAAGUUCUCAUCCUAAAGUCCAAGUCCUUAAGGAAACCCUCCACUUUGUUUAAGUCUUAUUCCAGGUGAUGCACUGAAACCAUCUUAAUGAAUUGCAAUGUGGGCACGUGUGCUGCCAGCCUGUGCAGCAGCAGGAGGAGGACAGUGAGUGUGUGCCUCGUCACAAAUGUGUAUAUAUGGCCCGUUCAAUCCAUAAUUAGAGAAAAAACAACCCUCUGUCUUCCUGUGAGACACUCAGACAAGAUGAGGACACUCCUGGUGUUGCUGAGGCCCAAAAUGUUUUAUUGUGACCACUCUGACGCUUCUAUCCCACCGUAUACAUUAUUUUAUUAUGAAUAAAGAUUUAUUGGUCUGAUA